AUGAUUUUUGAGGGCUUUUUAAGGCCCCGGGGAGCGAGCGCUUCUGUGCUGCGCGAUGCCCAGGCUCCUGUCCUGGCGAAUCCGAGCGCGCCCUGCUGGGGCCCGAGGGCAGGGCGAGCGCUCCGCAGACGCGCAGCCUGGCCCCGUCGCCCCUGCCCCGGCUACCAGCGGACUCGGGGCUGCGGGAGCCCUGCACCCUGGAGCCCUUCCCAGCACAGAGCACGCGCGCCCCUGCCUAGGAGGAGUCCCGCACCCCGCAGCCCCAGGCGGUCAGCCCCGCGGAGGACCGUGCUUGAGCGUGGCCCACAAGAUGCUCGCGUCACUGAACUGCCGUGGGCAGACCCUUGUCCUCCACGCCACCGACCUCAGAAACUCCGACUGCGCUCCCGGCCGGGCCCAGGGGGCUCCGGAGGCUCCCGACGGCUUCACCCUCACCGGCAGACCCAGGCGAGGCGCCGGGGCCGGAUCCAGAACGCGUGGGCCCUGCACACCGGCUCCCGGGGCCGUGGUCUCGGCGAGCCCGCGGCAGCCUCCGGACCAGGAGUCCGCUGGCCCCGGGAGCGCGCGUGGUGCCGGCCCGGCCGCUGCUGCUCCAGGAUCUCUCUCACUUGGCAUGAGAGCGUGCCCAGGCCUGAGGAGUUUCCUAAGAUGGGGACUUUCAGGACAACACCAAGCAAAUCAAGCCAGUUGGCAACCUUGCUGCUACUACAGCUGGACAUCUUAAAGCAUUCUGUUUUCAAUUUCACAAGUCAAAAUACAGCAUAUUAUCCUUGUACAAAUGGAGCAUGAACUCAUUGAGAAGAAUCAAGGUUCUAUGGGGAAAUGGCUGAUUCCAGGUUUGGGACACAGAGUCUAAGAUGAUUCUGGAUUGAUUUCCCCCACAGAGGAAGGAAGUAUUUAAAAAUUCUGACACUUUGAGAGGACAUAAGGCCAGCUUGGAGGAGUUCCCACUGGCUAAAUCUGCUAAUAUUUAAGCAUUAAAAAAAUAAGGAGAAUAUUGAGUUGUAAAUAUUGCAUUGAGUUAAAAUAAGAAUCCAUGUAUCCAUUAGGUUUAUGAAUGAGUGAGAAGGGAGAGUGUCCUUACAGUACUGAGGGCAACUCAUAAAUGGAGAAUGACUGGUAGAAAAAGGAACUAGUAAUCAUUCAGGCAAGAAGUGUCAAUUAAUGUUAAAACCAGUGGGUCAAGGUUUGAGGAGUGACAGUGAUGUAGGCAGGCAUAUAGAAUAAAAUUGAUCAGGCUUGUGAGCUGGAAGACCACACCUUCACCAUGCCCCCAUGUGACCUCAUGCCCCUACCUGACCACACCUGUGUGCCCACCAGCCAAUCAGAUUAAUUAAGCACUCCUUUUGAAAGUGGGUUAAAAGCUUGUGACAUGGUGGACCCAGCCCUUUUUCUUUGGUCCUUUGCCAGCAUGGGCCGGUGCUGCCCUGUGCCUCCAGGGCGCAUGGCCUUCGGGCCACCAGCCCCAUGCUUCCUGGCCUACAUGGUCCUCCAUGUGGCUGGCUCCUGGUACUCAGCGUGCAUCCAGAUUCCUCUCUCUUUUAGACAGGGCCCUCACUCUCCUAUGUAUUUCCCUCACUGAAUAAAAGGCUUAAAAACUUAGCAUGCUGCCUCGUUCAUUUAUGCCGGUAUUCAGAAUUCUUUUCUGAAUAUUAUGCAAGAACCCACACAGGCUUAUUAAUAUUGGGAAUUUAUUAAUUAGCACACGGUGAUAUCAUAUGGCACCCCAUAUUUGGAUAUCAUAUGGCGACCACGAAGGGACUUUUAGGGGGGUCAGCCUCCGGUUUCAACAGGAUAUUUGCAGGGUCUCAAAAUGUCUUUCUCCCAUCAUGUGGAUUUCAGUGGAAAAGCCGGGGAUGACCAAGGGCAUGACAUUGACAUCAUGUGCCUGCCCCUGUGCUGGGAACUCAGCAACACUUCAGUGCUGGUCCCUGUCAGAAAUGUACAACUGUGUGCACACCACUAGUCUGAAAACACUCG